AUGUCAUUUGUUCAAAAGUGUCGUUGCUUACAAAGAACUUUCUCGAUUGCGGGAAAGGGUGGACGAAAGAGUGCCGAUGAUGAUGUGCAACAAUUAGUUGAAGCGUGCAGAAGAUAUCAGGACGAGCGAAUCCGGGGAGUUGACUCAAAUCUCCUACUCGAGGAGCCAGACGAAGGAGAAGAGGUGAGCGCUGGUGGUAGUCUGUUGGCACAGUCGAUGAUCGGCAACUCGAUGAUCCGUUCUGUUCUCUCAACAAUGGCUGGAGCUGCCGCAGCAGCUAGUGCAACAGCGGGACAAUCGGGUGGACGAUUGAGGCCACAAGGGAGAUUGUCACAGAGUGGAGGUGGUGGGGGAGGGCCGACGCUUCCCCCACGCGCCAACUCGACCACCGCCAACUCGACCCUGCCCGACGCGUCCCGUCAAGUCGAUGAGGACUUUGAGGAGAUUUCCCAAGAAAGUCUCCCCAAAUCACUCAUCGCAAAGCGCAAGUGCUUAAACGCUUCUGAAUCAAGCGCUUCUGCUUUUCUACUCCGAAGUCGAGGCGUUCAACCGCUCGGCUUCUCGAUGGCCACACCGCUA